UGCAAAUCUUUCGAGAAUAGAAUAGAAUAAAACCCUUUCCCCAACAUUUCAAAGCGCCAAAUUCCCAUUCUGCCGAACUCCGUUUCAUUCGCUUUCUUCCGUCUGCUUUUUGGCUUUCUUCGCUCUCAUACUUUCAACUUCCUUCUUGGUCCUCCAGAAGCGCACCGUCCUAUCCUUGCUCAUCCCCCCGCUUGCCAGCAGUUCRAGGUCAUCGUGGGCAUCUACAGCCAUAACGACGUCUUUGUGCACCUGCUCCAAAACCUGGUGCACUUUUCGCGUUUGAACAUCAUAAAGCACAACGUGGCCCGAUUCGCUGCCUGUAACAAUACACUGCCUCCGUUUCGGUUGGGAAACCAAAAACCGACUGGCAAUGCAGUAUUUUGUGUUGGUAUGUUGUUCGCUCGUAUAYGUUUUUGCGCACUUGGAUUUGCCGCUGACGGACAUGGGCCACAGUCGGAGCGCGCUGUCGAGGGUUCCUGCUAAGACGUAUUUCCCGUUGGGACUGUAGGUCACAUGGCUCACGGGCGGAUUCCCGGCAGCAAAUACAGUCUUGAGGCACUCUCCUGUACCUACAUCCCAGACUCUUAUCAAUCCAUCGUGGCUUGCCGAUACAACGCAAGUUCCGUCACGAUUAAACGAAACGGCCGUGACCGGAUCCGAAUGAGCUGGAAGCGUGCUAAUGCAUUGUCCACUCCGGACGUCCCAAAGCUUGACCGUUUCGUCGAAGGAUCCGCUCACCAAUAAAUUGCUAGCGGGAUUGAAUUGACAGCAAAAAACAAAAUUGUCAUGACCUCGAAAGUCAACGAGAGCCUCGGUGGUUUGGGCAUCCCACAAGCGGAGCGUCUUGUCAUCACUUGCUGUUGCUAUGAAUGGAUCGGUUCCGUUCGACCAGCACACGUCGUUGAUCCCUCGGCCAUGACCUACCAGAGUUGCGCUCGACUGGAGUGGGUAUUCGCCCCCACGAUGUGCGGGGAAUUCUGGAUCGCUCAGAUCCCAGAUUUUGACGCUUCCAUCGGCACUGGCCGAUGCACAGAGGGCUGCACUGUGCUUUGUCAACCGCGAGGGCGCCAAUUGAACGCUGGAUACUGCUCGUUUGUGUUCGCCGUACAUGGGCAUGCAAACAAACGGGGAGGCCUCUGUAUCGGAUGAGGAAGAUUCUUCAGCGUCAUCGAUAUCCCUCUUCACACCCGACAUUUCUUUUGUUUGAAUAGUAAGGAUGUUCUUUAUUGUAAUACUGUGUCAGAAAGUUAGACGCCCCCAGUGGUUAGUGCCUUGCAUUGCAUGUUUCAUCUCKGGUAUCACGCAUCUAGGACUCAACAGCACGAACACAAAUAACUCUUACUCGUACUCGUACCGUCCGGUUCGUACGGUAGCGUACCAGGUACGUUCGUACUGGUUUUACUUUUUUGUCCRGAGUUCGUCUUCUCGUUGUGAGAAUGAUGUAAUAUGUUUCGUAGUUAGAUAUCUAUGAUCAUAAGAGUACGAUGAUACAGUGGCAAUAAAGCCGAAGAGCAAGGCGCCGUCUUAUUUUUUUGUUUUUACGUGUGCCAAUGCUCGGCCUGUCACAUAUGAAUUCCACGAUUGAUUUGUCUCACAAAAUCCRAGGCGUACGCUAGAAGCCGAGAGAAAMGAUCACAACACAARAUGACAUAUGCAUUGACCCCGAUAAUAUCCUCAACUCUAUGGUUUGGAAUCGGAUUAAAAUAUUUUCGCAACGGUUGUUCUUCCAAUAGCUGRUUUCCCUAAAUGAUCUAAAARUACGACGAAUACACGCGCAAGGUUUGGCUCAAGAAACAAAAAUAUGAUAUGUCAUUCCGAUUCACAUAGUGAUUCACACAGUUGACACGAUAGAKGAUCGAUUCCGCAAGAGACAAAAAAGAAACAAGUUUGGUUGGAACGACUGGUGAUCUUCUUUUUUGGAAAGAGAGCCAAAAAGUAGCCGUUUGGCCUCGAUUCCGACAACAUCUUCUCGAAUCAAUGUGAGGAAUCACCGUCAGUUCUUCCAAAUCACACAAUUCGUCAUUGCAACUCCAAUURAACUAAAAARAGUCAAUAUUUACCAUGCCAGCAUCACGGAAUUCAGCAGGAAACACUACCYUAUCCUCCGAUUGGGCGACCUUCAACCCUUAUGGCGAUGAGACUGGCACURCCGAUAACACAACUUCAUCCUCUAACAGCUGGCCAUUGGACGAGAUCAUGGAUGACAUCGAACAGCAAAUGGAYCAACAAAGCGAUGCCAUGGGCGGCAUGGCAAGGCAAUUGGAGGGCAUCGAAGUCUCUUUGUCUGAUGCUCGUACUCGACACUCCAAGAAGAAGAAGAAAAUUCCCUUGUCAUCCUCGCGGCAUACCUUGUCGUACAACAAGAGAAMUACCUACACUAGUAGAGGAAACUGCAACGAUGAGGGCACUAGCGUUUGUUUUGGCGAAAACGUCAACCGCGUAAGCUACACCUCGUCACAUCAGCACUCGAUCAAUCAGAUCUUGCAACGCACAUCCGAACUCAGACGAGAGAAGAGCGGUGAUCGCGCUCGGAACACGAUGCCCCAGGAUUUKUUUCCUCCAACCCAUGUUCAACAUUCUCGUCGGUCCAUUGUCAGARCUGAAUUGAGUUCUUCGCGGCCUCGGGCAAGCAAGAACCGUGGUAAUCCAAAGCGAAUCCGAUCCAGUUCGACCUGGGAAGAAUCUGAUAGCAGCAACCUGUCGGGUCCUUCGGACGACGUGGUAUCCGAAUUGGGAGAGACUACCUUCUACUCGGAUAAAUCGAGCGGUUGUCUCCGAUCCACAAAACUCAAGUAUUUUUUGGCUGUCUUGGCGGCCAUCCUAGUCCUACUGAUAGGUGCUCUUACGGGGCAAUUAGUACAACGGGGCAACCAACAAAACAGUACAUCGCAGUUUUCUCCACAGCAGGAAACGGAACAGCUUACGAAUGCAGAAGAGAAUGCUUCAUCGAUUGUCAAAGAUGUUCCUGAAAAUACUCCCACAGUUGCAUUCGAAGACAGUGUUGACGACGAAACGGAAGAAAUGACCGUUGUCGGAAACGCCAAGGAACCCCCUUUCGAAGGCACAAUUUCUUCCAGCGCUCUUCCGGUACCAAAACCUACAAUUGCACCUACAGCAAACGAACCUAUCGAAGUCGCACCGUCCACCAGUGGUGUUGUCAACCAACAAAAUCCAAAUGUUUCGGAUUUMAAGCAUGACUACACCGCCAACUCGGAUUUCCUYGUUGGUGUUUAUUAUUACCCAUGGCAUGGUGAAAGAUUCCACAAUCGAGAUGGAUACAUGCGCAAGGAACUUGAACCUCCACACGUCCCCACGUUAGGCGAAUACAACGAUUCCGAUCCCAAAGUUAUCGGCCAACACAUGAAAUGGUUCCGUCAAGCUAACAUUGGCCUUCUCGUCACAUCGUGGUGGGGGCCCAAUCGCCUCGAGGAUUCCAAUACAAAAGAUGUCAUCAUGCAACACGAAGACAUUGGCAAUCUUAAUAUCGCUAUCCACUACGAGACCACGAGCAGGCUCGGAGCCGGGAAGGAAAAACUCCCCAAUGCAAAGACCGACAUAAAAUAUAUGUGUGAAAACUAUUUCGACCACCCCAACUACUACAAGAUUGACGGCCGCCCGGUUUUAUUCGUUUACAUCAGCCGGAAACUCCAUGAGGUGGGUACUUUGGAAGAAGCAUUGCUCACCAUGCGAAGCACAGCAAGUAAGUGCKGUCACAAUAUUUAUCUCAUUGGCGAUUCGGUCUUCGAAAGUGCUCCCGACCCAAAUGAACCCCACGUCCCUUUCUGGUACUUCGACGCAGUGACCAAUUACGACGUCUAUGGUUCUGCCGGACGCCCCGAAGGUCAUGUGGGGAUGGACGGUGUCGAUAAGUAUUACCGACAACAAAGCCAAUGGAAAGAACAAGCUUCCAGGGACGAGUGUCGUUAUAUCCCAGCCGUUUCUCCUGGAUACAACGACCGUGGUGUACGGAUGCAGUCGGAUCAUCCACCGCUCUCCCGCCGCAUUGGAUCUAACACACAGGAAGGAAGCUUGUUCCAUUACCAAUUGAAACAAGCUAAGGAGCUAGUUGAUCCAAAGGUAGACAACAUGAUUCUUGUCAAUUCUUUCAAUGAGUGGCAUGAAGACACACAGAUCGAGCCAGUAAUGGGAGCUCCGUCAUCCAAACCAUUCAAUUUCACGAAGGGUCUAGAAUAUGUUGGUUAUGACGAGCUCUACUUGGAUAUUCUUGGCGCCGCGACAUCUAAAGAUGAAAGCCGUCACAGUAUGUUUGAUUACCUCUUUUCGGGGAGAUGAGAUCGAGCCUAUCCGAAUUGCACAACGUGGCUUUCACUGAAAAACAAUAGUAGUGAAUACAUUCACAACACACAUAAUGAAUACAUAGAAUGUACGUUCAAGAACAAAAAAUACCUACGACUUGUGGAUAAUGAUCCAUUACAUCAUUCAAAUAUGAAAUACUAGGACAGCUUCUCUGUUUAUCUCGAACUAGAACGCGAAACGGUCUAUGCUCUGUCGCGGUUUGUCAUGCACUUGCGCUCAAUCAAUGUAGUUUCUCUGUGCAACUGAAAGAAGAGAUUAAGGCAAUUUCYUCUUUUCGAUCUCUGAUAGCAUGUUGUUUUUCAUUUUCUGCUCGUAUUCUCUAGGUAUCUUAUCAACGCUAAGGGUGAGAGAAUCCAAUUAUUCUAUGGGAAGGGUAUUCUUUUUACAGCUGGUUGGAUUUUGUGCGUCGCGGCAGAUGGGAUCUCGAUAAUACUGGCAGAUGAAUCGCAAUUUGUACAUAGGUCAGGCACACCRGCGGAAAACGGCGGUGACGCUCCCUCCAGUUUUAAAACGCACGC